UCAGUAUUCAGUCUCAAUGCCCCAAUCCUCUCUGUCUGUCCCUCAUAACAACCAUGACAAUAACUAAAGCUCAAUUCUUAAAACUGGGAUGAUGCACAAGCAAAAAACUUAGAAGAAGGAACAAUAAAAGGCAAGGCCCUUCUUCUCUAAAUUCCCUGGAAAAUUCUUGGACGCAUCAACAGGGCCUUUUUUACAAAGACAUUUUGCAGGGAAAUUACAUGGAGAUUCUGAAGGAGGAGCUUUCACCGGCUGACUUUAAGGCUACUAAAAGUAACCGAAUCAGAUAUUCUAGAAAUGACUUUAGACAGCUUCCUUAUUUCGCAACUGACUUUGAAUGGAAAGAUUAUAGCCCUGCAGUUUUCAGACGUAUACUGGAGCUUGACAGUAUUGAAUAUUCCGAUUACCAGUUGUCAGUAUGUGGAGAUGAGACUCUAAAGGAGGUUACGCUUUCGGGGAAACUUGGUAUGGUGUUUUUAUUGUCCAACGACAAACGGUUUAUUCUCAAAACCCUGCGCAAAUCUGAGGUGAAGAUCUACCUAGAGAUGCUUCCCAACUACUACGAUCAUCUUAUGAAGUAUGGAUCCUCACUACUAGCCAAACUGUAUGGACUUCAUGUUGUCAGGCCAGCAGGAGGUGUUAAGGUUUACUUUGUUGUUUUUGGAAACGUAAUCCCGUCAGAUAUUUGCAUAUUUGAGCAUUAUGACCUCAAAGGCUCUUCAAAAGGUCGAGCAGAGAACAAAGUCAUUAUUCAGGAGAGACCCGUACAUAAGGAUAUGGAUUUUGAUUUUAGCUUUUACCUGGAUCCAUUGGUUCGAGACCGGCUCUUAGCGCAAAUCAAGACUGACUGUGAGUUUUUGGAAUCUGAAGGCGUCAUGGAUUAUAGUUUGUUUCUUGCUAUACAAAUGGAAUCUCCACAUCAAGUUUCAGUUGAUAAAAGAACUUCCAGAAGGACUGAUAAAGAGAUAAUAGAUGAUACUUCAGAGGGAAGUGAUGAAAGCUCAGAGUUAACUCUUGCUGAUAUUUGCGACCUACUUGACAGGCCUGGUUUUAGAUUUGGUGCAAGCCUGCCAGCACGUGCUGUCCGGGCCUUCAAGAAAGAAAUGGGAAGUUCGAGAUCAAAUAGGUCCAGAAAUUCCAGAGCACAGUCAUCAGCACAGGAAUGCUUCAAUGUUCUUUUAUUCUUUGGAAUAGUAGAUAUUUGUCAGAAUUACAAUAUGAGAAAACGCCUUGAGCAUGCUUGCAAGUCCAUUAAAUAUGACUCAAAGUCCAUUGCAACUGUGAACCCCAAAGCUUAUUCUUCUCGCUUUCAAGAGUUUAUGAGCGAAGUGUUUCUACCAGAAGUGUCGGACGACUUUUCUGAUAGCCGGGUCUCAGGCGCAUCAUCAUCUAACAGGGUCUCAGCCGCAUCAUCAUCGAAGAUUUCUGUUAGAUGACCGUUUUAGACAAUUUGGUGAAGUGGAUUAAGACCAAAUACUCGUACAAUCAUGUGACGCUAUCUCAUGAUUGGACUAUAGUAGAGCUUGCUGCAUUAUUACGAUUGAGUAGUGACUGUAAUAUUUGUAAAGAAAAGAAAUCAAGACAGGUACCAAGAGGUAUGGACAUGCCAUGAAAUGGCAAGUUCAUAUGCUAGACUAUUGCUGCUGCUGUCAAUUUCACUAUGAUCAUAAACUCUCAUGAAAAUCUGCAUGUAAUGUUGUUUGUUGUAGAGUUCUGAAGUACGGAAAUCAGAAUUUUCGACUUCCAGUCUUCUGUGAAUAU